CAGGUAGGGCACAACCGGUGAGUUCCUGUUGCGGUCGGACGACUCGAGUGGGGGGAAACGUUCGACGGCGACGCGAGCGCCGGCCAGUACCGCCGCCCGCUCAGUCAGUUUUCGAUACCGGUUCGUGUCGCCGUCUUUGUGUGUUCCGCGCUCGACAAUAUUAUUGUGUGUGUGUUGCGUCUGUGCGCUCGCGAGUGUGAUCCGUCGUGAAGAUGUCUUGUUCGCGUCGACAACGUGCGUGAUCCAUUUACGAUACUUAGAGUGCGCGAGUGAAACAGUAAAUUAUUAUCAUAAUUCGUACGACUUGUUCGGGUUUUUCGUGUGCAAUAUCGACAUGUCGCCGUCGUCACAGUUAUAAUAACAGUGCCCGGAAUCCGGAUUUGGCGAUAUCGAAAAGCGUGCGCCGCGAAUAAUAUUUUUAAUAUUACAUUAUUUAAAUUUCUCGUCUGUGCGGGUUAGUCGCGAUCGUGAAAAUGUGGCGGUUUAGCGGCGGUCGCAGUGCGCGGUUCUUGGCCGCGGCGGCGUUGCUGGCGCUGGUGGUGCCGUCCGCGGUCCGGUCGUUCGAGGGCUGCCCGGCCGUGUGCUCCUGCAAGUGGAAAGGCGGCCGGCGGACGGUCGAGUGUGCCGACCGCGCGCUGAUCACCGUGCCGACGGGCGUGGACGCGGACACCCAAGUGUUAGACCUGUCCGGAAACAAUCUGCAGAUCCUGCCCAACGAGACGUUCUACAAGGCGGGCCUGGCCAACCUGCAGAAAGCGUAUCUACGCAACUGCCGCAUUGGGCAGAUCGACGAGAGUGCGUUUCGCGGUCUGACCAACCUUAUCGAGCUGGACCUGUCCAACAAUAUGCUCACGUCCGUGCCGUCGUACGUGUUCCGGGACGUGCCGUACCUGCGCGACCUGUCCGUGGCCGGCAACCCCAUACAGAAGAUCGAAGCGCACGCCUUCUCUGGCUGUCCGUCCGUCGUCAAGGUGGACGCGUCCCACUGCGGGCUCACGUCGGUGGCCGGUCUCGCGUUCAGUGGCGUCGUCCGGCUGGAGACGCUACGCAUCAACGACAAUCGGCUGACCGAGCUGUCGGCCACCGUGCUCGAGUCGCUCAACAAGCUCCGGUCCGUCGAGCUUCAUGACAACCCUUGGGUGUGCGACUGUCACCUGCGGCCCAUGAAGCUGUGGCUGGCCGGCAACAACGUGCCGUACAGCCAACCGGCCCUGUGCUCGGGCGGCCCCGACAGGCUGUCCGGCAAGCCGCUCACUGAGCUGGACGUGGAGGACUUCGACUGCCGGCCGGACGUGCGCGCCGAGUCCCGGUACGUAGAGGUGACCGAGGGCCACAACGUGACGGUCCGGUGCCGGGUCGAGCCAGGUUCGAUGGCACACAUUGCUUGGUACCUGAACGGCCGCCGGUUGCAGGGCGCCGGUACGCCGGCUAUCGGAUAUCCGGGCGCCGCGUCUGCUAACCCGCGCAUGUUCGUCUUGGACGGCGUUGACGAGGAGGACGGCGGCCGCCGGAGUGAGAUGACGCUGACGGACGUGCGGCGAGAGGACGCUGGCCAGUACUCGUGUCUGGCCGAGAACCGGGCCGGCAACUCCGAGGCCAACUUCACCGUUUACGUGACCGACCGGCCGUCCGUCAUCAUGUCGACGUUCGGUUCGGCGCACGUGAACGGCGUGGCCGCCGCCAUGGCCGCGCUCAUCGUUUUCAUAUUGGUGUUGAUCGCGUUGACCGUGAUGCGUAUCCGGCGAUCCGGAUAUCCGGCCGACACCAAGCCCACGGAAGUGGCUGGAAAUCGCAGCGGCGGCGGUAGCGGCAAACCCAGCACCGGUUCGAUGGCCCUGCAUGGUGGUGGAGCGACAUUGGGACGUGGCGGGGUAGGAUACGGAAACGGUGGGAUGUUGACCGGGGGCGGAAAGACCAACCCGGCGCUGGAUAUAUCAUCCGUGAUCGAGCGGAACUACGACCCCGACCUGGAACCCGGGUUGGGAUCCGUCUGCACGCCCACGGGAUCGUAUCACGUAUCUGGACUGGACCUAAUACACGACCACGACGCUUCCCGGCUGGAGAUGUGCGAUUCGCCAAUGUCUUCGACCGCAAAACCUCCACCGUCAUAUUACAGCGGUGGCAGGACCGCGUCCAGUGGCGGAAACGUGCGCCCGUACGACGAUCGGACGCCGAUCAUCGGCACCGGAAGUGCGGGCGACGCGUACAGCGUGGGCACCGGAUCCGACGAAGUGUUCUCGUACAACAGCCAACAGCAGUUGCACUACGGCGGCGGUCAUUACGGCCAUCAGCAACAACAAGCCGUCGGCGGCGGUAGCGUCAACAGCGAUUACCCGGCCGACUACGGUCUGCCGAUCAUACCUACCGGCCAUCACCUGAAUCAGUCUUCGACCAACGUGUCUCAGUACGGCCAUCAUCCGCAGCAGCACCCUCAACAACAACAACAACACCAUCAACAACAACAACCAUCACAACAUCAUCAGUUCUACAACAACCAUCUCCAACACCAGCAGCAGCUGCAGCAUCAUCAACAGGAAUACGUCCAACAACAGCAAGACGCGUCUCAGCAACCGUCGGUCAAGACCCUGCGGGUGUGGCAGAGGGGCGUACCGGUGUUGCCCACCACGCCGUCCCUGCAGAGGUUCGCCAACAGGACUUCGCCCACCACGCCCGGCACUGACGUCUGAGGGUAGUACUCGAUUCGAGUCGACCCGGGUUCGUUGUUGUUAUCCUUCCGACACCUGUAGUACACCGUAAUGUUAAUCUCUCAUGUUGUACCGUUGUUUCGUUUUAUUUCAUGACGGCGCGUUUCGUUACUCUUCUGCGAUUUUUGUUGUUGUUGUUUUAUUGUUAUUGAUGUAAUAUGGUUAUUAUGUUGUUAUUUUUAAUUGCGUGCUCGGCGUGUGACGCAACCGCGAUGACCCGAAACGGACGAUUUUUUUCCAUCCUGACAACUCUCCAGCCGACACCAGCUGGACCCGCGACCAAAACCAAAGUCUAUGGCCAACCAUCGGUAGAACGACCUUUUCAGAUGGUCUGCCGCGUAUAGGUUGUGAACGAAAAAAAAGUACCUCUUUUCGGCAAAAACUCCGACUGGUCACGUGUAUUGGCCCGUUUUUUUUACGUAUUUUUUUUCCUAAUUUUUCGAAAACCAAAACGAAACGGAAAAAACCGGCCGUGAGAUCUCAUUCGUUACGGAGACUCGCGUCAUGCCCAAUGUUGUUCCUCUUGUACAUUAUUGUAAUAGCUGAUGUAUAUAUAUAUAUAAAAUAUAUUAUAUUGUAGGUACGACGGCGUGAUGUACCUAUAUAUAUCAUUAUUAUUACUAUAUCACGUCGUAAACGAGUUAUGUGUAAGUAUAAGUUACGUAUAGACAUAUUAUAUUUCCCCCCUCAAAAUAUGGCUGUGAUGAUGCGGUUUGUUUUUUGCUCGAUUGCGACAAAGAAAAACCUAUUUUUUAUUAUUAUUAUUUUUUUUUUAAAUUACCUAUGUAAGAUAAAAAUGUUAAAAACAAUAAAAAAAAAAAGAAGUUACGAUUAUUCCGUAAUAUUGUUUAAUGCAAACGACUACUAUAAUAUAAUACAAUAUAAUAAUAUAUGGCGGCGACGAUGGACGGUGACGAUAUUAUGUAGGCGCUCGCACGACGCAUCGCUGAAAUGCCAAAUCAAACUUUAUUAUUAAUAUUAUUACAAUAAAUUGCAGUUUAAUUAAUAUAUUUUUAUUCAAAGGCAUAAAGUUAUAAAAUAUUAUAUCCCUUGUGUCCACUGCGUGCGCCAAAACUCCGGUCGUCCGGCGUCGUACACUAUAUUAUAUUAUUAUUAUUUACGCAUUGUCACUACCUAUUAUUAUAUCAUAUUUAUGUUAUGUUAUGAAAAUUGAAUGAAUACGAACCGAUGAUUAUAAUUUAUGUAAUAUUUCCAUUUUUUAGUAUUAUCGUUGUUACAUGUAUAUAUAAUAUAUAAUAAGGAAUAUUAUUUAUUUGUGUACCGUGUAGGUAAAAAUAUAUUUAAUAUUAAGCAUUGUACCUAUGUUUUUUUUCUCUUGUAAUUUUGAUGAACUUUAAAAUAAUAUAAUAACAUGUUCAUUGUUUUUUCGUCGACCCCAUACAGUAUAUAUAAUAUUAUUAUCAUAAAUAAAUUACGAAUUAUACGUUAAGACAAUACAAUAAUUUAUUAUAUACCUGACGUUUUUUUAUUUAAAUAUACGAUUAUUAUUUUUUAACAUA